CCCGCUAAACUCAUUCAACUCCAACUCUCAUCGAUUACAGACAGAAAACUGCGAUGGAGUUCAAGCAUUUCAGCCACAACCAUGGCCUCGUUUUUCACCAACUUCCUCAGGGCUCUGAAAUCCACUGCUCCGGCUGCAAAUCUCCGGGCUUAGGCAACGUUUACGUCUGCUGGCAGUGCAGCUACUUUCUGCACGAACAAUGUUUUCGUGCAGCACGAUCGCUCAAGCAUCCGUCUCAUCCUCUUCAUCCUUUAACUUUGGUGCCAUUUCCUACUUAUCCCUCUGGUUCUUUUUUCUGCAAUUCUUGUAACCAUGCUGGAUAUGGACUCUCGUAUAGCUGUUCGGAAUGUGAGUUCGAUAUCCAUGUUCACUGUGCUCAUUUGCCUAAUCCCAAUUCACAUCUAUCUCCUUCACCUAUUGCUAAUCCAAAUUUCUCACAGAAUUUCAAUCCUCAGCCUCAAAAUCCCAUCUAUCCUCCUCCAAUCCAAACUAAUGCAUUUCCAGGUUAUCCUCCUCCUCCUACAAACCAAACUGAUCCACAAAAUUUCAUCCCACAACCUCAAAUUACAACUUAUCCCCCCAACCCAAGCAACCCUUAUCCCAGUUUUCCUCCUGCUAAUACAACAGUGCAAGAAACACAAAAUUAUAGUACUCAUCCAUACACACCUCAGGUACCUCAAAACUUUGUUCCAGUACCAGUUAACGACGCCACCACCAGUACACCCCCACCCCCACCGCAGCCGACUUAUAGCACCAUGGUGAAUACCACCAUAAAUCCGCCACAGCCACCGCCGGUUUCUCAGCCCACCCCUCCUCAAUUUCCACAAACCAGCAAUCCUGAACCAAAGCCUGCACCUUCAAUAAUAAAACACUUCAGCCAUCCCCACGUCCUGAAAGCCAUGGAGAUCGAGAAGAAAAACGCAAAAGUCUGCUCUGCUUGCGAGUGCGAAUUAUCCGGCUCUGCUUACUGCUGCACUGAACCCUACUGCACUUUCAACCUCCACAAAAGCUGCUUCGACUCCCCACGUGAAGUCCGGCACAAAUCCCACCUCCAGCACCCGCUCACCCUGCUGACGGCCCCUCCGUACAAAGAUGGGUUUACAUGCAACGCGUGUCUGAAAGACGGCAAGGCCUUUGCAUACACCUGCUCCACUUGCUCAUAUGAUCUCCACAUUGACUGCAUUCAGUGGCCUGACACCGUGACCCGUCCGGAUCACAAACAUGCUUUGGCUCUUUACUACUCGUCUCCGGCGGCGGAGGUGAGUCCAGAGGCGACUUUCAUGUGUGAUGCGUGCAAGAAUCCGGUUCAUGAAAUGGCUUGGGUUUACUAUUGUCGUGAGUGCGACUUUGGGACUCAUUUGGAGUGCGUGACUUCGGGGAUCAAAGAGCAGGAAGUGAGUGGCGCCGGAGCGAAAACUGAAGAAGAGUUGCUCAGGGAAACUGAGCUCAAGUUUGCUGUGCUUCAGCUUUUGCUGGGAGCCCAAGGUCGGAAGGCCGCGCUGGAACUCAUCUGAAGCUAUUCCCAACGUGUUUGAUUCUCCUUUUUCUGAAAUGUUUUCCAAUAUCUCGAGAAUGAAAACGUGUAUUUGUUUAACAUUUUGGUUUGGAUUUGUAUUUUUAUUCCUCAUACAUUCUCCGGUUGCACCCUCAAAAUAUCCAAAAUAAGACCAACACUCAGAAAGUCAAAGCAGUAUUAAGGUUGCAAGUAU